ACAUCCCAGGUUGAGUCCUUGAGUCGAAGGGACCCACUACCAUCCAUCCAUCCAUUCUCACACAAUGCUGGCCUCCAGCCACAUGCUCUACGUCCUCAUCGCCAGCUGCGUGAUGCCCAUCUUUGGGGCCGCUCUGAGCAAGACGGUUCUGUACCAGGCCCCGGACGAGUGCCGCUGGUCCGGCGGCGGAGAGCACGACAUCACCCUGGUGUGCCACCUCCGGACGAUCAACUCGGAGCUGGAGAACACCAACUUCAGCGUGAUCCAGCCCCACAACACGGUGCGUUUGCGGUUGGAGUGCAACGAUGCCCUGUUCUUCCAGAGCAGCCUCAGUCCGGACAGCUUUCGGUCGCUGGUGGAGCUCAGGGACCUCACCAUUGAGUACUGCAAGCUGGGCAACCUGACCGACGGCUCCUUCCGGGGUCUGCACGAGCUGCGCAACCUCACAAUCCGCACGCACAAUGGGGACUGGUCCACCAUGUCCCUGGAGAUGGCAUCCAACAGCUUCGUGGACUUCAGACAGCUGGAGAGGCUGGACCUGAGUCUGAACAACAUCUGGCUGAUACCCGACGGCAUGGUGUGCCCGCUGAAGUCGCUGCAGCACCUGAACGCCUCCUACAACAAGAUCCAAGACAUCAGCAACUUCUACUUCAGCGCCUCGCUGAGCUCGCGAAAGGCGCGGGUGUGCGGCUCGACGCUGCAGAGCCUCGACCUGAGCGCCAACAAGAUGGUCAGUCUGCCGUCGGCCAUGUUGUCGGCCCUGGGCCGGCUGACCCACUUGAACAUGGCACGCAACAGCAUGAGUUUUCUGGCGGACCGAGCCUUCGAGGGUCUCGUCUCGCUGCGUGUUGUGGAUCUGUCCGCGAAUCGACUGACCUCGCUGCCGCCCGAGCUCUUCUCGGAGACCAAGCAGCUGCAGGAGAUCCACCUGAGGAACAAUUCGAUCAACGUGUUGGCGCCCGGGAUCUUUGGGGAGCUGGCCGAGCUGCUGGUCCUCGAUUUGGCCAGCAACGAGCUCAACUCGCAGUGGAUCAACGCGGCCACAUUCGUGGGCUUGAAGCGGCUCAUGACGCUGGACCUGUCGGCCAACAAGAUCAGCCGCCUGGAGUCGCACAUCUUCCGGCCCUUGGCCAGCCUGCAGAUCCUCAAGCUGGAGGAGAACUACGUCGAUCAGUUGCCGGCGGGCAUCUUCGCGGACCUCACCAACCUGCACACACUUAUCCUGUCCAACAACCGCAUCUCGGUUAUCGAGCAGCGUACUCUGCAGGGCCUGAACAACCUGCUGGUGCUCUCCCUGGACUACAACCGCAUUAAUCGGCUGGACCAGCGAUCUUUGAUCAACUGUAGCCAGCUGCAGGACCUCCACCUCAAUGACAACAAGCUGCAGGCGGUCCCGGAGGCCCUGCUGCAUGUGCCGCUGCUCAAGACCCUCGACGUGGGCGAGAACAUGAUAAGCCAGAUCGAGAACACGAGCAUCACCCAGUUGGAGAAUCUGUACGGCCUGCGCAUGACGGAGAACUCUCUGACGCACAUCCGGCGCGGGGUCUUCGACCGGAUGAGCUCUCUGCAGAUCCUCAAUCUGUCCGGCAACAAACUGAAGACCAUCGAGGCGGGCUCGCUGCAGAGAAACACCCAGCUGCAGGCCAUCCGGCUGGACGGCAACCAGCUCAAGUCCAUUGCAGGCCUCUUCACCGAGCUGCCCAACCUGGUGUGGCUGAACAUCUCGGGGAAUCGGCUGGAGAAGUUCGACUACUCGCACAUACCCAUCGGACUGCAGUGGCUGGACGUGCGGGCCAAUAGGAUCACGCAGCUGGGCAACUACUUCGAGAUCGAGAGCGAGCUGAGCCUGAGCACCUUCGACGCCAGCUACAAUCUGCUGACGGAGAUCACGGCCAGCUCGAUCCCCAACAGCGUGGAGGUGCUCUAUCUGAACGACAAUCAGAUCGGCAAGAUCCAGCCCUACACGUUCUUCAAGAAGCCCAAUCUCACCCGUGUCGAUCUCGUGCGCAACAAGCUGACGACACUCGAGCCGAACGCACUGCGGCUCUCGCCGAUCGCCGAGGACCGCGAGAUACCCGAGUUCUACAUCGGCCACAAUGCGUACGAGUGCGAUUGCAAUCUGGAUUGGCUGCAGAAGAUCAGUCGCGAGUCACGCACCCAGCCACAGCUCAUGGACCUCGACCAGAUCUACUGCAAGCUGUCCUAUGCGCGCGGCGCCACCCAUGUCUCCCUCAUUGAGGCCAAGUCGAACGACUUCCUAUGCAAAUACGAGUCGCACUGCUUCGCCCUGUGCCACUGCUGCGACUUCCAGGCCUGCGACUGCAAGAUGGAGUGCCCCGACCGCUGCUCCUGCUACCACGACCAGUCGUGGACCUCGAACGUGGUCGACUGCAGUCGCGCCUCCUACGAGCACGCGCUGCCCUCGCACAUACCCAUGGACGCCACGCAGCUGUACCUGGACGGGAACAACUUCAAGGAGCUGCAGAGCCACGCCUUCAUCGGCCGCAAGCGCCUCAAGGUUCUGCAUCUCAACCACUCGCGGAUCGAGAUCCUGCACAAUCGCACAUUCUACGGGCUCCUGGAACUGGAGGUUCUGCAGCUGCAGAGCAACCAGCUGAAGGUGCUCAAUGGCAACGAGUUCCAGGGCCUGGACAACCUCCAGGAGCUCUACUUGCAGCACAACGCGAUAGCCACCAUAGACACGCUCACAUUCACGCAUCUGUACCAUCUGAAGAUCCUGAGGCUGGACCACAAUGCCAUCGGCUCCUUCGCCGUGUGGAACUUCCUGCCCAGCUACCUCAACGAGCUGCACCUGGCCGGCAAUCACUGGAGCUGCAACUGCGAGUUCAUCGACAAGCUGCGGGAUUACAUAAGCCGGCACGACUACGUUGUGGACCGUCCGAAGCUGCGCUGCGAGUCAGGGGGGAACAGCUCCCAGCAGAUGGCCAUAUACGCCAGCACGGACUCCGCCCUGCCCGUCGUGCAGUGCAGCCAGACCCUGCCCCUGGGGCUGGACAACAGCUACAACUUUGCCGAGCAGGCGGGCGGGGAGGGCGGAGCCCUGUCCGGCAACAUGACGUCCACAAAGAUGAUACUCAACCAGCCGCCCAAGCAGGACUACAUCCCCAUUCUGGUGGCCAUUCUCACGGCCUUCAUCUUCAUCAUGAUCUGCACCCUGCUGGUGUUCAUCUUCCGCCAGGAGAUGCGCGUCUGGUGCCACUCUCGGUUCGGGGUGCGGCUCUUCUACAACGGCCAGAAGGAUGUGGACAAAAACGAGCGCGAGAAGCUCUUCGACGCCUUCAUCUCGUACUCCUCCAAGGACGAGCUGUUCGUCAACGAGGAGCUGGCCCCAAUGCUGGAAAUGGGUGAGCACCGCUACAAACUCUGUCUGCACCAGCGGGACUUCCCCGUGGGCGGCUACCUGCCCGAAACCAUUGUUCAGGCCAUCGACAGCAGCCGGCGCACCAUCAUGGUCGUCAGCGAGAACUUCAUCAAGUCUGAGUGGUGCCGCUUCGAGUUCAAGUCCGCCCAUCAGUCGGUUCUGCGAGAUCGCCGCCGCCGCCUGAUUGUCAUUGUGCUUGGGGAGGUGCCCCAAAAGGAGCUGGACCCCGAUCUGCGCCUGUAUCUGAAGACCAACACCUAUCUGCAGUGGGGCGACAAGCUCUUCUGGCAGAAGCUGCGCUUCGCCCUGCCAGACGUCUCAUCCGCCGCACAGCGCUCCGUCGCAGGACAGUCCUGCCACGUGCCCAUCAACCAUGCUGCCUACCAUCAUCACCACCAUGUGCACCAGCAGGCCCUUCCGCUGCCCCUGCCCCAUCCCCAUCCCCAUUCCGGCCACCAUCAUCAGCAGCAGCAGCAGCAACAGCAGCAGCAGCAGUUUAUGCUUCCGCCUCCCCCCCAGCAGCCCGGCAGCUUUCGCCGCCAGCCGUCGAUCCAUCAGCAGCAGCAGCAGCAACAGCAACAGCAGCAGCAGCAGCAGCAGCAUCAACAGCAGCAGCAGCAGCAGGCAGCCUUGCUGAUGGGCGGAGUGCAGGUGGGUGGACCUGCCCCACCACAGAUGAUCCCCCUGGCGGGUGGAAUCCAGCAGCAGAGUCUGCCGCUGCCACCAACGCAGCCCACGCCGGCUUCGCGCAAUCUUCACAUGUGAGUGGGUGAGAGAUGGAGAGAGAUAGAGAUGAACGGAGAAAAAUAGCUGAAAUAACUGGAGAUGAAGCGAGAGUUGUGUAGAGAAUAGUCCUACUCGAACCACUUCUAACACUGGGCUUAAUUUAUGUCUUUUUUUUAAUGUAAUUUCGAGCCACAGAAAUCAGGAAAGGUACUGAAAGAUACUCCUUUGAGUUGGAAAAGUGAUUGUGGCGAAGCAUUAGAAUGGCCCCACCUCACAGACAGAUCUGUAUUAAAACUGGUUAAAAUUGUAUUGUGGAGUGGAGUUACAGCAGGUCUGAAAUGAAAUGGGAAUUGCAUUCAAUAUGCAAAUGGUAGCGUUUAGCGAUAAAAGCCUAGUUACCGGCUGGAAUAGAAAAGUAAGAGAAAAUUGAGUGCGGAGAGAGCAGGAGCAGCAGCAAGAGUGCAACAGCAACAUGCAACAGCUAUAACAACAACAAAAGACAACAGUAAAAUACCAAGCCUCUCUGAGGCAGUUCGUCCCCGUCCCCUUUCCCGCCCCCUUUCCCGUACCCAAUCCCAGAGCCAAUUGUUGUUCUCUGGCCCUGUUCGGUUCUCGGUUCUUGGUUCUGUGCUGUUUUCUUACGGCCAGCUAUUUUCAGUUUCCUGGCUCGUAGCUAGAUUCAGAAAAUUGAUGUUGCAUGCAGCACAAGCACACCAGCAAAAACUAGAACCACAACAACAACAACAACAACCAGUCAGUCAGCAGCAGCAGCACCAGUAGGAACAAAAGCAGCCACACAGCUACACAGCCGCAUAGCCAAUACCCAAAAGUAUUUCUCUCCGUUUCUGUGUGUUUCCCUUAGCCUUCUCCUUUAUUUUGUUCCGUCUUCUCCGUCUUCUACGUUUUCCAUUUUCUCUGUUUGCAACGCUCGCUGCUUAGUUCAUCUUAACUGCUGCAUUUUGCCAUAACAAGCUCAACGUGUGUAGAAAAUAUCCAUGCAUCUGUAGUUGCACUGCUACGAGGGCCUGUAUCUGUAUCUGUAUCUGUACCUGUCCGUCUCAGAGUCGCACAGUCGCAGAGUCUCAGAGUGUGUAGCGGAGAAAAUAGGCAACGCAAAACAUCAGAGAAUUCAUGUCUGGCCAAAAGAAAUUGUAACAAAAGCAGGGCCAGGGCCAGAGUCAGAGCCAGGGCCAGGGCAGCCAGUUCUCCCAGACAUCAGACAUCAGAGGACACACAGAACAGAAAAGAGCAGAAAAGAACAGACCAGACCAGACCAGACCAGGCCAAGACCGUCUAGAAACAGUUGUUAUUCCUCUCGUAGGUGCCCCGGCAGCUGGCUUGAAAUUGGGUUUUUUUUUUGGGCCGCAAUUAUAUGUGCUAAUCAAUGACAGGGAAAGGAGAGGCAGCAAUGCAACAAAUUUCAGUACGUGGGAUACAGAUAAAGAUACACAAUUGUUUGGGGAUAAGAAUCAGAAACAUGUGUGGAGAGUAGAAGCGUGUAUUCCCUUGGAACAUUAGAACAGAGCUCUUCCUCCGCCCACUCAAUCUCCAUCUCCCCUUAAAAGCUCUUCAGGUCACGCAAUGUCUAGAUUUGAUUAGAAAUCAAAGAGCAGUUUUUUCUCCAUGCUAGUCAAAGAUUUUAAAGAAGAAGCUGUGCGCACUCGUAGUCACAAAGUCGAAUCCAAGCUAGAAUUUGCUGGAGGAAAACCUCAAUUUGUGACCUUGCUGGGAGAAGAAGUUGUCCUCCAAUCUGUUUCCCAGAAAGAAAGAACGAAAAAAAGAAAGAACCAAAAACCGAGUGGGUGGAGAGAGAUCAGCACGUGUGCUGUUUUGGCCCCCAAAGUUGUGCCCGAGCCAACAUCAGAGAUAGCCACGAAGGAGGGAAAAAAGAAGGAAAAAACACUACAGAACCGAAUGGAAGCGAUUAAAAUCUACCUUGUUUGCCGUUGUUUGUUACGCCUGUUUCCUGUUCACUCUCUCUCCAUAUCCAUCCACCUACAACUAUCUCUGAUUCCACUCCAAUUGAAAACUGCAUUCCAAAAACAAAAAACAAAAAAACCAGAAAACCAGAAAACUAGUUAACACAGCAGCAGCAACAACAACAACAGUAACAACACUCUCUAGAAGGAUUCACAUUCUGUUAAGAGUUUAAAAUCUAAAAUUGUACAUACUAGACCUUACUUGUUUAAUCAUUGUGAUAUUUUUUUUUUUGUUUUAGCCCUAAGCUCUAAUUUAUAUUAUGCGAAUACCAUUUUCCUACCAAUCUACGUUUGUAUGUAUUGUAUGUAUAUUUAAAGGAAACUUAUCCUCAUUAGAUAGUCUAGACCAUAAGAUGAUAACCGAAACGAGAAUGAAAUGAAAGAGAAAUCGAAUCCGAAUCCAUAUCUAUAUCCACCCCGCCUACAAAAAAUACAGCCAUAUUAAUUCUAUUAAAUUGAGAAAUUAUUGUACAUAUAUACAAAAUGAGGAAUGAAAAAUGACAAAAAAAAUAAAA